GAAAGUUGUAAACAAGGUUGUUGUCACGAAAUAAAAGAUUGAGUAUCGACAACUAAAAAGCUUUUUAUGCAGUACUCAGCAAGGUCCACGACGCUGCCAAGCAAACGGCUAAAAUGGGUAAGGUUGAGAUACCUAUAUUUUUUUUAUAGAAAAGGAAAAAAAUAUUGGGGAAAAUAAUCGAACAUUUUUUUUUCUUCCAAAAUAAAUAUUUCUGGAAAUUCUUUUUAAAAGUAACGACAAAUUUACGCGUUUAUUCUCAACACAGCAAAACUUUUACUCUUGUGUUAUUUAUGUUAAUUUAUUAUUGAUCUUCAGAGCUAGGUCUGCACUAUAACGGGUAGGUUUUUAUGCUGACAUGAAAAAUUAUGCCGUAUAGUGUAAUGAACAGUAUCGGCACAGAACAAAAAAUAUCGAACAGGAGGGUUGUUCACUUAUUCCCAAUCCUCACUUACAUGGAUGUUCCUUCCUCUUCUUAUUUUCUUCCACCUAUAUCCGGAUAAAGGACAUUAAUAAUUAUAUAGUGCUUAUAAUAAUAAUAACGGUAAUGAUGAUGAUGAUGAUGAUGACUGAUGACUGAUGAAAAGGAUAACGAUAAAGACAAGGAUAAGGAUAAGGUUAACAAUAAAAAUAACGACAAAGAUAACGGUAACGACAAAGAUAACGAUAGUGAUGAUGAUGAUGAUGAUGAUGAUGAUGAUGAUGAUGAUGAAACAUUAUUAGUAGCAUCAUCAUUGUUACAGAAAAUCUGAAAAGUUAAUGAACACUUUGAGUGCCGGUGUAAAUGCAACCAGUUCCAGGCUACUGUACCAGUGUACUAAAUUUGUAGCAAGACUCUGCACUGAAAAAUACGGUCCUUAUUAUUCUGUGGCGUAGACUGAAAAUAACCCCCUUUUAUUAUUAUUAUUAUUAUUAUUAUUAUUAUUAUUAUGGCAGUACAAACGUCUGGAUGCCCAGAGUAAAAAAUAAAGGCUUUGGCUGGGCGGCAAAGUGUAACCAGCCGCAGCAUCAACUAAAAUUUAUGGUAACAAUUACACGAUAAUUUGCGCAAAAAGAAAAAAAAACUGGGUAAAAAUGAUUUGAUAAGAGUGUCAUAAAAGUUAAGUAAAUAAAUAAAUAAAAACCUAAAAGCUUUAUGGACGUCUUAAUUACAAAAUGAAAAUGUUCGUAAGUUGAAACCCAUCGUUCAUAUAGCUGUCCAUUUAAUUAUGGGAACGACUAAGGUGUGUAAAUAAAAUUUCGAUAAUGUACAAAAUUAAGUAUCUGUUAAAAUAGGUGUCCAAAAUUCCUGUAGAUAACUAAGCGCUCAGCUUGAACAUUCUAGCAAUGUGUAAUGAACCAGACAGGAUUGCCUUUUGCAUUUGGCGCCUAAUUGAUUCACACUUGUCUCCUACAAGCUCUUUAAUAUUUUUCUCAACCUCUUUUGAACAGUCCUCAAAGACAUCCAUGAUGAUGUUAUACUGAUUGACCUUGUACUCAGGACAUCGGUUCGUUAGCUUUAGUCUUAGUUGACUGUACUUCGCUGUCUUCUCGGAAUCUUUAGACUCUCUAUUUUCCAGCUAUGGACAGCUCAUUUCAAUCACUCUGACUUGCUUGUGCUGCUCUUGUCAAUGACCGUGGCGUCGAUUCUAUUAGGUUUUACUUGAGUUGUGUCAGCGAAUAAUGGCACGUCCCAGAAGGCGGUCGCAUGCUCAUUCUCAUACAGCGGCUUGGGUGUGACUUGUGAGAAUUAUUAUUAUUAUUAUUAUUAUUAUUAUUAGAAAUGGACACCGAUGUUAACCAAGGGUCAGAAGUCCAGAUCAGUGGCGGUUAUAAGAUCACAGGUGGUACCCCAACAUUUCACCCAGCUCGGAUUGAACACUCGUGUUUGAUGACAUCCGAAAAUAAGUGGGAAAUCCAGGUGAAAUGUCGCCCCUUACUGCAUGACAUCCAAGAAGAGCCCAACCAAAGAAACAACUGGAGAAGCCUGAUGUUGUUCUACCCCGACGCUAAAGUGCAAUUGAUACACAAUGACAUUGAAGUCACACUGCCAUCUCUGCAGGAGGAUGUCGAGAUCGCUGCGUUCGGAAGACCAGGAAAAGAUGACAAGAAAAGAAUGCAAAUGGCGAUCUUUGCUAAACGACCAAAACAAGGAAGAGACUGGCAGAUUUGGGUUUAUCUUGUAGAUGAUACAAACCCAGCUUGUAAGGUAUUUUUGCUCUUGCAAUUUGUCUAUUUUUAAUAUAUACUAAUGAGCAUAUAAACUAUGUACUACGUACGCGCCAAUAAAAACAUGCACCAGUCACAAGUCCUAACGGUAGCUUACUCCGUUGAAAUUUUUGCUUAUUUAACCUUCAAAGCCAAGAAGGAAGAUUGCAAGGACUUUAUUUGUAAGCUGUAAAUUUAUCAGUACACUUAAGAGAUGGAAGCCACCUAAAGUAAAUAAGAUUUUGAACGUUUUGAUUUGCAAAAAUAGCAUUUUCCAUUUUCCAAAAAACGUAUCCAGAGGGGGCCUUUUUAAAACUUAGCAUUGGGAUCGCUGAUUUUGCUUUUAUGCUUCUUUCUUUCUAUAUAGUCACUCUUUAUUUCUUGUUGUUUUCUCUUUUUGUAUUUGUUUGUUUGUUUGUUUUUUGGGGGAGGGGGGGGGGGGGGGUGAGGGGUUGUUUUGAUUCUUAACCUUUCCUUUUCAUGCCAGAGAGGUUAUCGGUAUAAUUGGACACAAAUAACAGAAUUAAAACCUCUUCAUGCACUUUUUCCCCUUUUACCCAUGGGUGCAACUUUCAAUAAGUUUGUAUUCAAAAGUACUAGAGAUUUAAAUUCGCAAAAUAUGGCUGCCAACACUUGGGUUACCAUGCUAUAAACUUCAGUUUGGACGAACACGUCCGUUUAAGACUUAAAAGUAUUUCCAGAUGUAUUUCUUGAAAGUCGUUAAGUUUUUGGCGAUCAUACCUUAAAAGGACUUCAGGUUAUUGAACUUCAAAGUUUUGGAGUAACGCAAACUUACUAACUUUUCUCAUGCUUCAUGUCUUCCAGAAUUCUUCAGGGACUUUAGAUAUAGACCUAUUCGGCUAACUCAAUGUUGUACCCAAUUCAAAUCUCCCGGGGUUAAGAUUCAUUGUGUAUUGUAUUUGCAUCAUAAUGUGGCAUUCUCAUUUAAAUGUAUGGAAAUUCCUGAAACAAAAAGUUUUAUUCCCAAAGGGUUUGAAUUGGGUACAACAUUGAGUUAGCCGAAUAGGUCUAUUACGCCGCUUAGCGAAAAGAAAUCGUGCUAGUGUGCGCAACUGCUCAGUCACUUGCUCCUGUCUUAGAAUGCUAACCGUCGUAAAACAUCUCUUGUAAUAACUCGAUUUUGCUCUCCAAGGGGUUUUUAUUUACAACAGUUAUAAUUUUUCGUCCGUUUAAUGUAAACAGAAAAUUUGCCAGAAAGGAGACCAGAGUGGACAAAGGCUUCUGACACCUCUUUCUGGAAUAUUUGUGUCUAACAGCAAUGAAGACAUCAAAAUUGAGCUCAAUUCAUUGGGAGAUGGAUGGAAGGUCAAAGGAAGCAAUGUGAAGGUACAAAUGGAAAAUUUUAACGAAGCUUUUUCUUAAGAAAAAGUUAAUGAUCGAUAACGUUGCAUAUCAUGAGUGAAAUAAGUGACUCUGGUCGUAUUUUUCUGCCUUUUAGCAGACUUCUCGGGGCUUUCCCAUUUCUCAUGCAGUCGCCGGUUGAAACACGAUCUACUCCUCUCAAAUCCCCUUCUUUUAAAUCUCUCCAGUAACUCCUCCCUAGCUCUUCAUCUUUUAUUCUAUAGUUAAUGUGCUUAAAAUACCGACCAUCUAUUCAAAUCGCAUUUAAACUAGACAAUUUCUUCCUAACGGUCUUACUGGCGAUAUAAAAGGAAAGAUGCAUUUGUACUACCGCAGAGAAAAAACCUUGCAAGAGUUUGUUAGAAUGAUCACGGACCAUCUAUUUCUUCUUAAAAGACAGUCGAGAGCGUGAAUGAAAAUAAAAACCGCGAUAUAUAAAUAUUGAUCCCAAGUGCAAGGAGCUGAGGUAACAAAGGGAAAACGUCUUUGAACAAGCUAUGCCAGCGUAGAAAUUGCCUUUAUACACUAAUAACCUCAGUGAACAUAUCUAUCAGUUCUUAACCUUUCACUUUUCUUGCAGACCAUCAAGUCAAGAGAUGCAUGGAAUUCAACAGAAAGCUCUACUGACCUUCCACGUUGCUAUUUCGAUAUAUGUCACGUUAACAACGCGAAUAAUUCAUUCUUCUGUGAAAUCAAAACCUCCCAUGAAGGUGACUCUGCACACGCGGAAGUUGUGGCAUAUUUUGAGCGAGUAAGUUUUAAGUAGUCCGUAAGGGAUAACUCAGGUGACCACCAAGGAAAUGAAAAAAAGUUGGUUGUUACUAGAGAUGGUCGCUAAGGAGAAUAAGCUCUCUUAAGCGACAUAUUCACCAUUUUCACAUAAACCAUAAUGCACCAUGUUCAACCCCCAAAGUUUUGCAUAACCGUUGUCUUGUUUUCUCUUGGGACGACUGUAAUACCUAGGAGAAAUUGGAAACAAUGGUUAUGCAAAAUUCUUGGGGUAAACAAGGUGCAUUAUGGUAUACGUGAAAGUAGUCAGUUGCUUAAACAAUAGGGGACGGUCGCUUACGAGAGCUGCAGAAACCCUUCGCGUUCGUCAGAACGCAUCCUAAUCUUGGUCCUCCUGUGAUACAAAGCCACAAAAUUUUGAGGUUUCGCUGGCGACUGCCGAUUAGCAGCCCCUACUGAUUUUAUCAGGGGAAACUCGGCCGGAACCUGGACCCCUUUCGACUGGAUUUUGUCUUCGUAAGUGACGAACGCUGAUCCGUGAUCAAUGAUAACCGCCAUUAAUAGUUAACAAAGAGAAAAAAGAAAAAUAAAACAAAAGAAAUGAAUGUUUAAUGAGCGACUUUGCAUCUGAUAUAGACACGACUUAAGUAACGUCCAAUAAGCUCAGUGUUCAGUUUCCACAAAGUGUUGGUAUUCGCCGAGUGGUCGCUUGCGACAGCAUAAAAACAAAGGCAACGUCCAGUUGGGUAAUCUCGAAACUGGUCGCAAUCACUUAAGGGUGAGGUCGCUGUCAUUACAAGGCUUAAGUCACAGUUCAAACGGAGUUUUUCAAAGGUAGUCGUAAUUAGGACUGGUCGCUUACGAGAGUAGUGGUGAAAAGGAAACCUUCGACUGUAUUUGGGAAAACCAGGAUUUGUUUUUUUUCUUUAACAAGAACUUCUUAUUCCUUCAUUCUGUAGGAAACAGGUCUGGAACUCGUUCAGUCUUCUGCAGAUGUCGACAAACUGGGUAAUUCUUGCAACUUCUUUUCAAAAGGUAAGAUCAUAGUGAUUUCAAAAUUAUUAAUAAGUUAUGUACGCUUUCUAUAAACAAACUUUUUGUUCUGUUUUGUUUUGUCUUAACUCUUCCAUGUGUUUUAUUUUUCAGAAAUAGACACCUCAAUUCCAUUGUUUCUUUUUUUUCUUUCUUUGCUCUACGAUCCUCCGGCAUCUCCCCCAACUUUCCCUGCAGGUAUGUUUAAAGCACUUUAAGAUAAACAGAUAAAAAAGAUUUUUGUCACGGCCGUCAAGUUCAUUGAGUUAACACAAUGCCUAUAUAUAACACGUCUUUACUUGCUAAGGAACGUGAAAAGUAAAACAUUUACUUCCGUGUCGAAGACAAAAUCACAACUUUGUAACAAACAUCUCCCCAAAGCGUUAUAUCAAACGUUACAAACAGCAAGAAUGAAAUAUGAAACACUGUUCGCUAACAAGUUUUAAAAAAUGGCCUUCUUUUGUAAGUACUGUCUUGCUGUUUGAAUUUUGAUAAAUUUCAUGAAACAGUUCCUUUAAUUUUUUUACCUUGCUCACAGGGGCUGGUCCAUUCUAAGCUACUUGCCAUGAAUAAAGGAUUUGAAAGACCCGAAAGGAAACAAUACUCUGAUUCCCUGACAAAUUUCGCGAGUUUGCGAGGCGCGCAUUUCUUGUCAAGUAUACAGUACUAUUUUAGGUCUGAGAUACGAUCAGCCUAAAUAGCUUUUUUCGUGUUUCUGGUUAGAAUUAAACCAAAUGUGAACUUAACUUAAGGUACUGUGAUCAGAUCCUAAUUUCUUGAAUUUGUUCAACAGAAAUAACUGCAACGCGGCAAAACUUCACGACGAUGAAGUUUGUAUCAAGAGAAGCACUGUGGACGCUUGUAUUAAUUUCUUCAGGCAAAAAAAUCUUCUUUUAGUGUGCCCAACAGCAAAAGCUACACGCACCUGUUCACCUGUAUAUUAAGUUUGACUGCUUUAAGGCACAGUGAAGCAUGCUGAAAGUUGUUUUGUGACACUUUUUCAACAUUUAACAUGUUUUUGAUCCGUUGGAGUUUAAAAAUAAUAAUUAAAAAAAGAGUCGAGUUCUGAGUUAUAAUUCAAAUGGUCCUUGGUGUAAGUGGAACUGGCUAGCUGCAAGUUGUUGCAAAAGAUCUGAGGUGCAAAAUUACCACUGCGCGGUAAGCUCAGUUGGAUAAGCGCCGGUCUGCCGGUCUUCUCCAUAACUGUGGAGAAAGUGCUGCCUUUGUAAAGACAUCUGCAAAUGGUUAGGCUUUCUAGUCUUCUCGGAUAAGGGAGAUAAACCGUAGGCCCCGUCUCAGAACCCUUGCAUUUAUAACAUGUAUAAAUUCUGUGGGAC